AUAAACAUUCAUUUAUUUAAUUCUUAUCGGAUUUCAGGGAAAAAUUCAAAUAAUAAUAGUUACAUAAAUUAACCUAUAAAUUCCGAUAGAAUAAUUUGUUGUUGUUCUUACUUAUCAUUUGUUAUAAAUAUUUAUGAAACAAGGAUUAUUCCUUAAUAUUUAAAAGGUUUUUACUGUUUUUAUUAAUUAAGUUGUAUACGAAUUAUAUUGAAGAUGUUAAUUUCCAAGGGAAUUUUGAGUUCAUCUGGCAUGAUACCAACUUUUACUUCCUUGACUAGAAAUGUCUCGAAUAAAUCCAAAACAGCCAUAGUUAUGAUGAAUAUGGGUGGACCUCAAAAAAUUGAACAAGUUUAUGAUUAUCUCCAUAACAUUAUGACUGAUAGAGAUAUGAUUCAGUUACCAUUUGCUCAAGAUCAUAUGGGGAAAUGGAUAGCCAAACGUCGAACCCCAGAAGUACAAAAAAAAUAUUCAGAAAUUGGUGGUGGGUCCCCCAUUCUAGAUUGGACGAAUAAGCAGGGAGAAUUACUAUGUCAAAAGUUGAACGAGGUUUUACCAAACUAUGGGCCUUAUAAACAUUAUGUUGCCUUUCGUUAUGUGAACCCUUUCACAAAAGAUGCUUUUCAAGAAAUUAAGAAAGAUGGGGUGAAGCAAGUAGUGUUAUUCUCUCAGUAUCCUCAAUACAGUUGUGCCACUUCGGGAUCAAGUUAUAAUGCAAUCUAUAAUUACCUGAAAGAUAAUGAUGAAAUGAAAGAUCUGAAGAUCAGUGUUAUUGAUAGAUGGAGUUCACAUCCACUUCUGGUCAAGUGUUUUGCAAACCUUAUUCAAGAAGAACUGCAGAAAGUAUCUGAAAAAAAUAGAAAAGAUACCAUUAUAUUAUUCUCUGCUCAUUCUUUGCCUCUUAAAGCUGUUAAUCGUGGAGAUCCUUAUCCCUCAGAAGUAGGAACAACUGUUAAUUUAGUAAUGAAUGAAUUGAAGUAUUGUAAUCCAUAUCAGCUUGUUUGGCAGUCCAAAGUAGGACCUCUACCUUGGUUAGGACCUUUUACAGAUGAAGCUAUUGAGGGAUAUGUGAAGCAAGGAAAAAAGUCUUUCAUUGUUGUUCCUAUUGCUUUUGUGAAUGAACAUAUAGAAACUCUUCAUGAAUUGGACAUUGAGUAUUGCAAAGAAUUAGCUGAAAAAGUUGGUGUCGAAGAAAUAAGAAGAGUUCCAGCUCCCAAUAUUCAACCAUUAUUUAUAUCUGCAUUGGCUGAUAUUGUGAAAACUCAUUUUGAAAAUAACAUUCCUGUAUCAAGAAAAUUUUUAAAUCAGUGUCCUCACUGUAUUAAUUCUAAUUGCUAUAAUAGUAAGAAAUGGUACAAAUCAGUGGCGAGGUUUUAAUGUGUUCAAAUAAAUAUAUUAUUGUUGAAAAUAAAAUACCUUGAGCAAUUUUUUAAAA